CGACUCAUCUUGACGUGUAAACACUCUCUGACGAAGCUACGUUAGCGGGUAGCUCCCGUGUUCAGCUCCACCUCGUUUCCUCUCUGCUCACCGAGCAUCAAACCUCUUGGUCCUGUCGGUGUGUGUGAACAUGGAGGAGCCGUGCGGUGCGUCCGGUGUGCGGCCGCUGGUGUCUACAGAGCUCUCCUCCUCCUCAUCCUCCUCAUCCUCCUCCCCACUGGUCUCCUCUCGCUAGCAUCCUCACCGUCCAGCAGCAGUGAUGCACAGGGAGGGGGACGAGGCGCAGGACGACUGCGGCUCCCGGGAGGAGUGGACCCUGCUCUUCUGGACCUCUGUGGCCGUCAUCGUCCCGGUGGUCAUCACGCUGUGGUGCAGCACCCAGCGCUCCAAGCGGAGGACGCACAUGAAGGAUUUCUUUCGCAAGAGCAAGCACGGCUGGCACCACACCGACCUGUUCACCAAGCCCACCUACUGCUGCGUCUGCUCCCAGCACAUCCUGCACGGGGCUUUCUGCGACUGCUGCGGCGUGUGCGCAGACGACCAGUGCCUGCGCCGGGCCGACCGGAGCCUGCCCUGCAAGGAGAUCAUGGGCCCCUGCAGCCCGGACGGAGCCAUGGAGCACCGCUGGGUCCGCGGGAAUGUGCCCCUCGCUAGUUACUGCCGUGCGUGCAAACAGCAGUGUGGAACCCAGCCGAAGCUCUGCGACUUCAGGUGUGUGUGGUGUCAGACUACGGUGCACGACGACUGCAUGGACAGCCUGGUGGGGACCGACCUGUGUGACCUGGGCGAGUUUCACAGCCUGAUCAUCCCUCCUCACUACCUCCUCUGUGUCAACAAACUCCGCCGCAGGCAACCCGAGGAGUACAGCAAGCUGGCGUCUUCCUGCGGCAGUGGCUGGACUCCAGUGUUGGUCUUGGCUAACACACGUAGCGGUAACAACAUGGGGGAAGCACUGCUGGGAGAAUUUCGCUCCAUCCUUAACCCAGUGCAGGUGUUUGACCUUUCUGAGCUGACUCCCUCUAAAGCCCUCCAGCUGUGCACCCUACUGCCCCCCGGCAGCGUCCGGGUGCUGGUGUGUGGAGGUGAUGGCACGGUGGGCUGGGUGCUGGAUGCCAUCGAUACCAUGAAGCUAAAGGGCCAAGACCAGUUUGUCCCAAGGGUGACCAUCCUGCCCCUGGGGACAGGAAAUGACCUCUCCAACACUCUGGGCUGGGGCGCUGGGUAUGCUGGGGAGAUUCCUGUGGAACAGGUUCUCCGUAACAUCCUUGAUGCGGAGGUGGUCAAAAUGGACAGAUGGAAAGUGCAGGUGGCUUCAAAAGUCCUCUACUUCCGUAAACCAAAGGUUCUCUCCAUGAACAAUUACUUCUCUGUGGGGCCCGACGCUCUGAUGGCUCUGAACUUUCACACACACCGGGAGAAAACACCGUCCUUCUUCUCCAGCCGCAUCAUCAACAAGGCCGUGUAUUUCCUGUAUGGCACCAAAGAUUGUUUAGUGCAGGAAUGUAAGGAUCUGGAUAAGAGGAUUGAGUUGGAGUUGGAUGGGGAGAGGGUGGCGCUGCCCAGUCUGGAGGGCAUCAUAGUCUGUAACAUCGGCUACUGGGGUGGAGGCUGCAGACUCUGGGAGGGUAUGGGGGAUGAACCCUGCCCACCCACAAGAUUGGAUGAUGGCCUGCUGGAGGUGCUGGGUGUGUUUGGCUCCUUCCACUGUGCUCAGAUCCAGGUCAAGCUGGCCAACCCUGUGCGGCUGGGACAAGCCCACACUGUCAGGCUGGUUCUCAAGAGCUCCAAGAUGCCCAUGCAGGUGGAUGGGGAGCCUUGGGCCCAGGGCCCCUGCACCAUCACCAUCACCCAUAAGACCCAGGCCCUCAUGCUGUAUCACAGCAGCGAGCAGACGGACGAUGACGACGAUGAAUCCAGCUCCUCCGAGGCAGAGAGCCACACCCCUCACGACUCGCCCCGGCCUACAGGGCCAGCCUCCGCUCGUGCAUGACCCACACCGAGCCUCACGUGAUCUGAAGCUCUUCUUAUCUUAAGUUUUUGUCUUCUGUCUUAAGCCCAGUUUCUAUUAAUCCCUCUUCUCCAAGGGCACUUGAUUGACCCCCUCUAAGAUCCUUGAAAAAAGCUUUAUCCUCGAGUCAUGUCCAUGACAAUAGAUAUUGUAGGUUUCCCGUGUUGUCAUUUCAGAUCCUUUCAGAGAGAUGCAGGUUUUAGAAAGAUUUCUUUGUAAGUGGGUUGGUGCGAGUUAUUUUUCAGUUCCAUCCACACUCCACUUAUCCUGUAACGCAGAGCUCAGGCAGUUCCUCUCCACAGGGGCAGUCAGUAGGAGGGGAAUGUUACAGAGAAAGAUUGCCGUUUAUUUGCACUGAUCCCUUCUGCCAUAGAUAUGUAUAGUCAGAUAUACUCUAUUUAUUAUAUUGUAUUUACCAUUGAAUGCCCAGUGCAGUACUGCAGGUAUCAGUAAGCCAUUUUUUACAACUUAUCCAGGUUGAAUUGACAAAUUCCCCUCAAAGCCAUGUCUAAUUCAUCAGCAGCUGGUGGUAAUAUAGGAGACAGCAGUACUGUUAUGUGGAGGAUUUGCUGGAGGUAGCCUACGUGCAAGUUAUUGUACAUUAAUCAUAUUUUGUUACACAAAAAAAGCACAAACAACACAGUUUUCUAGUGGGUGAUGCGUAAAACAUCUGUUAAUUCAACUGAUAGUCAAUGAUUUUUAGUGUCUCCUACAUUUGUCACCCUGGGUAAGGCUUUGAACUGUGUCUGAAGGAUACAACAUUUUUUAAAUCUGGAGCAAUGGCUCUGUUCCACCUGUAAUGUGUCAAUCACUGGACAUCCAUCUUGGUUUGUUUACUUCAUGAUGCUCUGUCCCAAGUUGCUCCCCCACAAACUGCUGGAUUACACUUCAGUCUUCAAACUAUAUCUCACUUAACUGUAAGGGCCACAGCAAACAGACCAACAUGUUGGGGUUUAUUUUGAAAGCACUGCCAAGUAACUACUGUUCAGAGGAUCCUCUUUCCCUCCAUGUAAAAGCUUCUCCGCCUGUUGACAUACUGUAUUAUGUUUUUAUAUCUGACACUGAUAAAUACCUUACAUUGCUUAGAACGUAGGCACAUACAUGAAACCAUACUGCUGACCUUAUGUUUCUGCCGAUAGUGAUAACUGCUGAUGAGACUAUGCUGUGUCAUGUUGUUUUACAUUAUUCAAGUCGCACUCUUGUAUUUCAUUAUUUGUGUUUUACCAAAUAGUCACCACAAGGUGGUGGAUUAUUUCAAAAAAGUAUAGAGAGGUGGAGUAGAGUUGAGUUUCAGAAUCAAACCUUCACUAUUAGUACACUGUUUGUGGGGCUGCACAAUAUAUCUAAAAUGUGUUGCUGUGGAGCCGAUUGAGGUCCCUGCAGCCGGAGCCAGGUGGAAUCGAAAUAAUAUCGUCAUCGCAAUAUUCCACGUUAUCCCAUGUUUUCCUAAUAUCGUGCAGCCCUACUUGUUUGUACUUUUCUGGGUUGUUCAUAAGACAUAGCUCUUCUUGUUAAGUUGUAUUGUUGCAUCUGUCCUCUAUUCAGUUUGUGAAGCAGCCGUCCUGUAAGGAAAAUAUUUUUGCCAUUCAAGGUGACCCUGUAUUUUGCAGAAUGCCUGUUGCUCUCAGCCAUGUGAGAAAUUUUUCAGUAUAAUUUUUGUUUCUGUUUCUCAAGAACCCUGAGCCAACCUGCUGCUCAUUUGGCUGAACAGGGAUCAGUUAUUAGCCAUGUGAUGCCUAUGCUUUUGGAAUAUGCACCUCUUUAGCAGGUAACCAAGUCCUGGUGUCAUCACCCUUUGUUUGGUGAAUGUCUUCUCGCUCAGAGACACCAGUUUGACCUCUUACCUGAUCAUCCAUGUUUACCAGACGUGCUUGUGAUGUGUUAUGUUGCUCCAAUGUAACUGGGAUUUAUCGGCAGGUUUUUAGCCACACCAGCAGCAUGGUUCUAGCGGGACAGAUUGUUUUAGAGUGAAUUUUCGCAAUAACUGCAGGACCAGGAGCGAGCGGUAACAUCUAUUCUUAAAUUCAAACGAUCUGUCUUAAAUCUCACUACUCUCAAUAAUCUUUGUUUCCAGCAGCAGCAGACGCUGUUGUACAUAAAAUCACUCUGAUACACCCACUGUACACCCAUGCCUCAAACACAGAGUAGCUGGUCAGCGCCUGACUUUGUGCAAGCUCAGUAGCUAAACAGCAAGGAGGUGGUGGAGACCAAAACAUAGUUAAAGUGUGGUGGAUAUUUGUUAGAUAUCCAGAAACUGGACUUCAAAUCGUUGCCAAUACCACUGAUAGUGCACAUGCUCUUUGUUUGCUAACAUAUUUUCCUAUCAGCUUUACUGUGUGUGGAGUAGGAAGCCAAUAGAAAACAAAACCCCGAUCAACACAGCUUUGAGCUGAUAAAAGAUGAUAAUGGUGACACCAAGGGUUGCUAGUGUGGCUAAUAACUGUCUGUUUAAUAUUAUUUGUUAAAACUCUGUAAAACUGUCAUAUACAGUUGGGCUUCUGCAUUCAAAGUCAGUUGUUACUCACAUGUUGCUUUGUUGUGCAUAGCGAAAUGUGUUUAUUAUUGUUAAAAGCUUUGUGUAUGAUUUAGGGGGAUCUAUUGGUGGAAAUGAAAUAUAACAUUCACAACUAUGUUUUCUGUAGUGUAAAAAUCCCCUGAAAGAAAUUGUUGCCUAUGCCCUCACCAAUAGAUGCCACUAAACCCUGCUCAAUGAACCUUUAAAUAUCUGAAUGUUUACUUUGUUACUGUCAAAUAUCUAAAAUAAGAGAAUCUAUUGUCUGAUGAGAGUGUGUCAAACAUUUCAUGAUUUCAUGUGUUCAAUGACAAGGUCGUAAGAAGCGUGAUGUGGCCUCUACUAAACACAGAUGAAAAUCCAGAGACACUGUUUCUGGCAAAUGAGAAGAUUUUAUUGGUAAAAAUUGUGUCAAUCAUAGAUGUUUACAAAGAUGGUAUAAGAGGGUUUACUGAAUUUGCUAAAUCACAGAUUUUGAACUGAAUGUAAUGAAGCAGUCUUUUGAGUUUGAAGACAUUCUCUUAAAUAUUUUCAUAUAUAAGCCAUGUGUGUCUGUGUUUUCAUUAAAUCGGAUUCAAAACCA